CGCGAGCGGGGCGUCGCUGAGGCCGGAUGAGGAGACUCCGAGGGGGAAGUUUGGUGCUUGUUGCCCGAGGAAGCGGAGAAGCGCCGGGGGGAACCUGCCCCUCCCGCUUUCUUUUAGGCCGUCGCCAUGGGCAACCGAGGGAUGGAGGAGCUGAUCCCGCUGGUCAACAAGCUGCAGGAUGCCUUCAGCUCCAUCGGGCAGAGCUGCCACCUCGACCUGCCGCAAAUCGCCGUCGUCGGAGGGCAGAGCGCGGGCAAGAGCUCUGUUCUGGAGAACUUCGUGGGACGAGAUUUUCUCCCCCGUGGCUCUGGAAUUGUCACAAGGCGACCACUUAUCCUUCAGCUUAUUUUCUCUAAAACAGAAUAUGCAGAAUUUUUACAUUGUAAGUCCAAGAAAUUUACAGAUUUUGAUGAAGUCCGGCAGGAAAUCGAAUCAGAAACAGACAGGGUCACAGGAACAAACAAAGGCAUCUCUCCCAUUCCCAUUAAUUUGAGGGUGUAUUCACCACAUGUAUUGAAUCUGACUUUGAUUGACCUUCCGGGUAUCACUAAGGUUCCUGUGGGUGACCAACCCCAAGACAUUGAGUACCAGAUCAAAGACAUGAUCUUACAGUUCAUUAGUAGAGAGAGCAGCUUGAUUCUUGCUGUGACUCCAGCCAACAUGGAUUUGGCCAACUCGGAUGCUCUCAAAAUGGCCAAAGAAGUGGACCCACAAGGCUUACGGACAAUUGGCGUGAUGACCAAACUAGAUCUGAUGGAUGAAGGCACGGAUGCCAGAGAUGUCCUGGAGAACAAACUGUUACCUUUGCGGAGAGGCUACAUUGGAGUUGUAAACCGGAGCCAGAAGGACAUUGAUGGCAAAAAGGAUAUUAGAGCAGCACUGGCAGCUGAGCGCAAGUUCUUCCUUUCCCAUCCCGCUUACAGACACAUGGCAGACCGUAUGGGAACUCCACACUUGCAGAAAGUUCUCAAUCAGCAAUUGACAAACCAUAUCCGAGAAACACUGCCAUCCCUGCGUAGCAAACUCCAAAGUCAGCUACUGUCGCUAGAGAAAGAGGUGGAAGAAUACAAGAAUUUUCGCCCUGAUGACCCUACACGAAAAACCAAAGCCUUGCUGCAGAUGGUCCAGCAGUUUGCUGUAGACUUUGAGAAGAGAAUCGAAGGAUCUGGAGACCAGGUGGACACUCUUGAACUCUCAGGUGGAGCCCGAAUAAAUCGCAUCUUCCAUGAAAGGUUCCCCUUUGAGCUAGUCAAGAUGGAGUUUGAUGAAAAGGAUUUGAGGCGAGAAAUCAGCUAUGCGAUCAAAAACAUCCAUGGUGUAAGGACGGGGCUCUUCACACCUGACAUGGCUUUUGAAGCCAUAGUGAAAAAACAGAUUAUAAAGCUCAAAGAGCCCAGUUUGAAGUGUGUUGAUCUGGUGGUCUCAGAGCUGGCCAUGGUCAUUAAAAAGUGUGCGGAGAAGCUUGGUUCUUACCCCAGGCUGCGAGAAGAAACUGAGAGAAUUGUUACUACUUACAUCAGAGAACGUGAAGGGAAAACAAAGGACCAGAUUCUCCUGUUGAUUGACAUAGAGCUUUCCUACAUCAAUACUAACCACGAGGACUUCAUUGGAUUUGCGAAUGCACAGCAAAGAAACACCCAAGCAAAUAAGAAAAGAGCAAUACCAAAUCAGGGUGAGAUACUGGUUAUACGACGCGGUUGGCUGACCAUCAACAAUAUUAGCAUCAUGAAAGGUGGCUCUAAGGAGUAUUGGUUUAUCCUAACAGCAGAGAGUUUAUCUUGGUACAAAGAUGAAGAGGAGAAAGAGAAAAAAUACAUGCUGCCUCUGGACAACCUAAAAAUCAGAGAUGUGGAGAAAGGCUUUAUGUCCAACAAACAUGUAUUUGCCAUCUUUAACACGGAACAACGGAAUGUGUAUAAAGAUCUGCGUCAGAUUGAACUUGCCUGUGACUCUCAGGAAGAUGUGGACAGCUGGAAGGCUUCCUUCCUUCGUGCUGGUGUUUACCCUGAGAAAGACCAAGCAGAGAAUGAAGAAGGAGUUCAGGAGAACACCUUUUCCAUGGAUCCUCAGCUGGAGCGACAAGUGGAGACUAUCCGCAAUCUUGUUGACUCAUAUGUUGGUAUCAUCAACAAGUCUAUCCGGGACCUGAUGCCAAAGACAAUAAUGCACCUAAUGAUAAACAAUACCAAGGAUUUCAUCCACUCGGAGCUGCUGGCCUACCUGUACUCCUCCGCAGACCAAAACAGCUUGAUGGAGGAGUCUGCGGACCAGGCCCAACGCAGGGAUGACAUGCUGCGAAUGUACCAUGCCCUGAAGGAAGCCUUGCACAUAAUUGGAGACAUCAGUACCAGCACGGUUUCCACACCAGUCCCUCCUCCUGUGGAUGACACGUGGCUCCAGCCAGGGGGCAGUGGGCAUAGCCCGACACCACAACGCAGGCCGGCCUCUACUGUGCUUCCACCAGGGAGACCUCCAGCUGUGAGGGGCCCCAUGCCAGGCCCUCCCUUGAUCCCUGUACUGUCAGCAGGCCCUUCCUCUUUUGUGGCACCACCCAUUCCUUCACGCCCUGGGCCUCAGAGUGCAUUUGUGGCUAAUAAUGACCCCUUCGCAGCCCCUCCUCAGAUCCCUUCGCGGCCAGCGCGCGUUCCACCCGGCGUCCCUCCAGGCGUGCCCAGCAGAAGACCCCCAGCAGCUCCGAACCGGCCCACCAUUAUCAGACCAGCUGAGCCCUCCUUAUUAGAUUAACCAUGACCACUACCCUGAGCAGGGAUGAUUGCUUGUUAACUAUCUUGUGGACAAAACUCAUGCCUAAUCUCAUGUAAAACUUCUCUUUGCAACUGAUCAGCUGUAGCCAAGGCCCAUUUCCCCAUCUCCUCCUCCUCCUCCUCCUCCUUCCCCUGCUACCAUAGCCGACCACGGCAGAAGUCACAAUGGGAUGGGUGCUGUGGGACAGUGACCUGUAAAUAGCUCUGAGAGGCCAAGCAUUCCUUGUAGUAGUUCCCUCUCUUUGUCCUGGGUCUUGGCUUGGGAGCGAUUUGAAGGUUAGAUCCUUCUCUAGAGGGGGGGGGGGGGCUGUUUCCUCAUCCUCCUUGCAGUGACCACACCGGACCUGUUCCACAUGGGAACAUGGAGGAUUCUGUUUUGUGGAGUUGUUUUGCACUUUGUUGAAAAUAUGGAAUUCAACCCUGAAUUGAGUGAUUGCCAAGGGAUUACCUGGGAAUGUGUUCAAGUGGAAAGUUUGUGUUUCCACCUGUAGUUCUGCAUUCAGCACAUUGAAUUUCCUUUUGCCAUUCAUGUUCAUAGAACUUGGCCACCUCCUUUGCCCCACCCAUCCUGCAAUGGGUUACUUUGUACUAUAAGAUAUAUAUAAAUAUAUAUAUAAAUAUUUAAAAAAAUCGCCCUUAGAUUUCCUUAACUUUCCCCCUUCAAAUUUCAGCGCAGAAUUUAUCACUUGAUUUCUGUUUUUAUAGCUUGGAAGGAGAGAGGAAAAAUGAUCAGACUACAGAGAGCACAUUAAUAAUCACCCCAAUUCACUGAACUGGAGCCAGACUUUAUCAAGCAAAAUAAAUGGAGCAAGGAAGGCAUUGGGUUGCUUUUGGGUCUCAGGUUUAAUGCUCACAUCAGGUUAUCCUCUCUGCAGCCAGUGCUUGUGCUUAAAACAGUAUCAGUGGCAUUUGAACGCAACUUUCAGUUGUGGCAUGGAUAAAAUGAUUGGAGAGCCUUCCUAUUUUAUGCCAGAGAAACAUCCCAAUAGCCAAUUGCGGGCAUGUCAAUCAUUUGAUUUGGUAAUGCCAGCAUGCCCUGAUUCACUUUAACUGUUAAGUGCCCGGCCCCAUGUGGAGAAGUGGUGCAGGUUUUCAGGGGUGUUAUCAAGAUUGUGAUCCUCAUCAGCCUGACUUCUUUCUGUGGAAAUCUUUCCCCAUCCUAUUCUAUCCAGAAGAGUGACUUUCUCCCAUACAGUUUGUCCCAUACAUUUUUGAGCUCCUCGGUAGUGCAGCUUGUCUCUGUCUUUAGGGCAAGGAAGGUUUUUCAUGACAAACUAUGUCUAGAAACACAUUGUGGGACUGUAGUGCUGGAAGGACCACUGUCUAAUAUAAGCUUCUCUUCUCUGAGAAGAGAUCUCACCAAUGGCUGUUCUAUCUGUGGAGCCAUUCUUUUCCCCACAGGUUCAUGAAGCAACAUGGGAACCUUCUCAGCAGGAUUAGUAAAGCACUCUGGCCUCCCUGGGCUGUGGUUGUAUAUAUUUUUUCAUAAAGGCAGACUGUAUUAGUACUUGUAUAAACUCUAGAAUUUUUUUUAAUGGCCCCCCAUGCACUAGCCUAUCAGGGAUUCCUCAGUCCUUCUUGAGACAAGAUGUAAGGAACAAUAACACACACCAUUUGCCUUAAAUGUUUCCUUCCAGUGGCCUCUUCCCUUUCUACCUGAGCUGGAGCAGUAGUUGCUUGUUUCAUGUCCUGGAUGAUAUGAAUCUUCCACAAACAGUGCUACCUUUGUGCCUUUAUUGCUUGAAUUCUAUGCCAUCUGCCCUAAUAACCAAUGUUGCCUUCCUGCAAAUGUCCCUCUGUCUCCAAAAUCACUAGCAAGAACUUUGACCCCUGUCUUCCAAUGCAUUUCAUGACCUCCUGCCACUUGUGCCCAUCACUUCUCUGAAAACUGGCAUUUGCUUGGUAACAUGGACUUCAUUUGUUCCAGUUUGCUUCCUCUUGAUUCUUCCUGUUACCAUGUGUGAAGGGGCUAUGAGACCUUCUCUCGCUCAUCUUGGAUGAGAAAAGCUCCCAGAAGUUUGAGAUAAGUGCCUCCAUUAUGUAUCUUAUUAAUAAACUAAAAUAAAGGGAAAUUCUGCCGGUGGAAAGUC